AUGUUGAAAAGAAUUGGUGGCGGGAGUCGACCUCUCCUCGACCUGGUUGGUGGCGGGAGUCGACCUCUCCUCGACCUGGUUGGUGGCGGGAGUCGACCUCUCCUCGACCUGGUUGGUGGCGGGAGUCGACCUCUCCUCGACCUGGUUGGUGGCGGGAGUCGACCUCUCCUCGACCUGGUUGGUGGCGGGAGUCGACCUCUCCUCGACCUGGUUGGUGGCGGGAGUCGACCUCUCCUCGACCUGGUUGGUGGCGGGAGUCGACCUCUCCUCGACCUGGUUGGUGGCGGGAGUCGACCUCUCCUCGACCUGGUUGGUGGCGGGAGUCGACCUCUCCUCGACCUGGUUGGUGGCGGGAGUCGACCUCUCCUCGACCUGGUUGGUGGCGGGAGUCGACCUCUCCUCGACCUGGUUGGUGGCGGGAGUCGACCUCUCCUCGACCUGGUUGGUGGCGGGAGUCGACCUCUCCUCGACCUGGUUGGUGGCGGGAGUCGACCUCUCCUCGACCUGGUUGGUGGCGGGAGUCGACCUCUCCUCGACCUGGUUGGUGGCGGGAGUCGACCUCUCCUCGACCUGGUUGGUGGCGGGAGUCGACCUCUCCUCGACCUGGUUGGUGGCGGGAGUCGACCUCUCCUCGACCUGGUUGGUGGCGGGAGUCGACCUCUCCUCGACCUGGUUGGUGGCGGGAGUCGACCUCUCCUCGACCUGGUUGGUGGCGGGAGUCGACCUCUCCUCGACCUGGUUGGUGGCGGGAGUCGACCUCUCCUCGACCUGGUUGGUGGCGGGAGUCGACCUCUCCUCGACCUGGUUGGUGGCGGGAGUCGACCUCUCCUCGACCUGGUUGGUGGCGGGAGUCGACCUCUCCUCGACCUGUGGCGCUCGCCUAGACGGCUGCUUGUGGCGUUAAACUGUCUUUUGCCAUUUUUGAUCGCCGGUGUUUUCUAG